CAGAGCAGUGAUAAAUUGCCCCUGGUGUCAGAAGGAGGAGCCUAAUCCUGAGAGAGAAAGGGAGCAAAGAAAGAUAGGAAGGAAGGAAGGAGUCGUACACAAGGACAGAAAAUAAUUGUCAGGAUCUUAACCGAUAAUCCCCCCCUAAAAAGCUGAGUGUGAGGCGAUCAGAUCUGCAGAUCCUGUGCUAGCUCCCUCUCUGCUCUUCUCCUCUUGUGUUUUAUGGAGAAGAAUAAAAUGGUUUCGCAGGGUAACCAGGAGCCAACAGCCACUCCUGAGACCAUGGUUCAACCUUUUGCUGCUAUCCCCUUCCCGCCACCACCGCAGAACGGUCUGUCCACAGAAUAUGGGAGCCAGCAUGCACAAGAGUAUGCCGCUUCUUCUACCGACCAUGGACUUCCACUCUAUGGAGGACAAGGUCAUGCGGAGCAUAAUGCCCCUGCAACAAGCACAGCGAAUACAUCCAGUACGCAGACAGAUGGAACUCAGCCAGAAGGGCAACAGCCACAAACACAAAACAGUGACAACACGGAGACAAAACCCACUCCGAAAAGGCUUCACGUGUCCAACAUACCAUUUCGCUUUCGAGACCCUGAUCUACGUCAAAUGUUUGGGCAAUUUGGCAAAAUUCUUGACGUAGAAAUAAUUUUUAAUGAAAGAGGCUCAAAGGGUUUUGGUUUUGUAACUUUUGAAACUAGCGCGGAUGCUGACCGGGCCCGGGAGAAAUUGCACAGCACGGUGAUUGAGGGGCGAAAAAUCGAGGUCAACAAUGCAACAGCUCGUGUGAUGACCAAUAAAAAAACUGUGACUCCUUAUGGAAAUGGUUGGAAACUCAGUCCUGUAGUUGGGGCAGUCUAUGGACCUGAACUAUAUGCUGCUGCACCUGGACUUCAAGCUGAUGUCUCUUUGGCAACUGAAGCUGGUGUUCAACUCCCUGGACCUCGAGGGGUUAACACGUACAUUCCAUUGAUCAUUCCUGGUUUUCCCUACCCCACAGCUGCAGCAGCCACCACAGCAGCUGCCUUUAGAGGGGCACACUUAAGGGGACGUGGGAGGACUGUGUAUGGGGCUGUGCGAGCGGUACCACCUACUGCCAUCCCAACCUACCCUGGUGUGCUAUAUCAGGAUGGAUUUUAUGGCACUGAAUUAUAUGGUGGAUAUGCAGCCUACAGGUACACUCAACCAGCUACUGCUGCCACAGCAGCCACCGCCGCUGCCGCAGCUGCUGCAGCCUACAGCGAUGGAUACGGGAGGGUAUAUACAGCUGACCCAUAUCAUGCCCUGGCCCCUGCUACCAGUUACGGAGUGGGAGCUGUGAUUACUGCAGUAACUGGAGGAUGGAAUAUUUAGGACACAUAUAUAAUUUGCGAGUUUAUACAGAGGCGGUUACAGCCGAUUUGCUCCGUACUGAAGUGACGUAAGCCUAUUGUUAAUUCAACCUGGACAAAACUGCCCUUCUUCCCAUUUGCCUGUUCCCCUUCCCUCUACUGUCAAAGUUUGCGAGGCCCGGCUUUUGCAAUACUUAAAGAGAAACUCCUCUAGGAAUUUUCUGGCAAUGCAAGAUGGAUGGAUACAACCGAAAUAUAUACAAAUCAAACAAAAAGGACAUUUUUUUUUAUACCUCAGCUUUCUUUCAAACUGCAAUUUUUAUUUCUGCAUCUACUUUUUAGUUUUUAAGGGGUGUGUUCAUUUUGUUCCAAAGAUAUUCAUUUUUUUUUUUUUUUCAACUGUGGUAAAAGUGCGUGUGUAUAUAAUAUUUACAUAACUAUGUGAUGUGAGCUUUUAUUACUAUUACUAUUAUUAUUAUUAUAUUAUUAUUUCUAUGCCUGGAAGAAGAAAAUAGGACGACAAACAAUGGUGAUGCAAGGUUGAUAUAAGACUAUGGAGGAAAAGUUUAUCAUUUCUUUUACGAGCUCCUUAAAGUAAACUCCUCUGGCGAGAAGGACUGAUACAACCAAGUGUUCAACAAAACAUUUUUUUUUUAAAUGAACAUUUUACAGAAAGUCCAAAAUUAAAAAAAUUGUCGAAUUGGCCUAUUUUUACUGCCUGCGUUGCUUUUGAGAUGUCAUGCAUUUUCCCAGCCUUAUUUCUUAGCUAAUCGCAUUUAUUUAAUACCCUGUAUAGGACAGUUGUUUUGUGCAGGAGAAGCACAUAGAUUAAUGGACACGAAUGCAGUAGAAUAUUGGCAAAUAUUUAUUAUGAUUGCUAUGUUUUUUUUUUUUUUUUUUUUUUUUUUUUUUCAAAACCAAAACUUUAUUUGCACGAUAAAACAUUACGCAUUAGCCAUUAUUGGAACCUGGUUUAGAUAUGACUCCAUCUGAAGGCAUAUUCUGUCAUUUUGUCUGUUUUAGCCUUGUAGUUCUUGCUGAUAUAGAACAGUGAUUAUAGUAGGGGAAUCCUUUUAUGUACUAGUUCCCAUGCUGCUGUUCUCCUUUUUUCGUGCUGGUCACAAUAUCCGUCCUAAAGAAAGUCACCUGACCUUAGAAUGGCAGCUGACCUAUUUAAUAAGCUGUGUUAGUUCUUUCAUAAAUGCCCCCCCCAAUUUUUUUUUAUUUUUUUUUAUUUUUUUUUGUGUUCACAAUAGGCCGUUUACCAUUGCUUGGGCAAAUGCAAGAGGUGUUUUUUCUUUUCAAUAUAUUUUUUUUCUUUUUUUUUUUUUUUUUUUCUUCUUUCCUGGAGCUGUAAUAAUCUCCUUAACUUUUAGUAUAGAAAUUCUAAAUCCUUGAAAUUUAAGGAAGGAGUAGAUCAAAUACAUCCCUUUAAAGGGAAAACAUAAGGAAUACUACUAUAGGGUUUUCCUGUUUGUUCCUCUGGACAAUAUUGCAGCUAUUCAUUUAUCAGUCAGGUAAAAAAAAAUGAAAUUUUCCACGGAAGUGGAUUGUCAUUGUCUUCCUAUAAGUGAUAAAAAAAAAAAAAGUGUUGUAAAUUGUAAUUUGCUACUUUGGGGUAAUUAUGUGGUACCACAUUGUAGUAUUUCUAUCGUGCACUGCAUUAUACUGUAUGGGUUUCAGUAGCGCUCGGGACACGGCUGCAGUGACAGUUUGAUUUUUUUUUUUUGUUUUUUUCCAUUGCAUGCAGUUGUGUUCAUUUUAAUUUUUUUUCCUUUUUAUUUUAUUUUUUCACAUAAUUCAGGUACAGGUGUAUUUUUUUCUUUUAUUCUCCUCUUUAGGACAGCCCCAAGCUGUUGCUACCAUAGACCUUUUUACUAAAACAAAUUGUCCCACAAUACAGGCUUUUGAUGAUAGUAGGUUAUUGGAUCUAUUGCGACCGCAAUAGAAACACAAGAGACAACAUCUCCUGAAAAAUGGGAGCUCUAUGCAAAAUAUUUUGAGUGUUAUGUAAAAUUGUUUUACUUCCUCCCCUUCUCCAUUGCACGCUGUACAGUAAAUUGUGCAAAUAUCACCGCAUUACAGCCAAAUACGUUUUUAUUUCUCUAAUUAUUGGCUUAAGGUCAUGGCUUAUAUAGUCUAAAUUAUGCUUGUUGUACUGACUGGUGUCUAGUGUUUUCAUUUCACUUUUUUAUUUUUUUUAUUUUAGUCCAUACAUUUAUAUAGAGUACAUGUUGGAGUAAUGGACAAGGAUAUAGAAACAGUGUUUAAAAGGAAAGCAAAGUUAGAUAUUGAGGUGUGACUGGCAUUGACUCCGAACCAAUAAAGAUCUAGAUUUUAAGGUCUAGGCUAGUACGGUUAGAACUAGAGCAGCUGUUACUAUCGUUUAUUGCAGUAGCACAGGCAUUGGAAAUAUGUUUGGUACCUCGCUUUUAGGUGUUACCCUCCGCUAUUUCAUGUCUGCUUCAUAGCCACUCCAAAUAUGUAUAUUUCUACAUUGUACUUGGCACACCUAUCAGAUGAAUGUCCGUUUCAAUUCUCACUUGAGCACAAAUGUUUUGUCACGACUGCAGCUUUCUUAUCUGAUUUUUGCUUUUUAUCGCAUUUGAUGCAUAUAACGUGAACAGCUUCUGGCCAUUUUUAGAAAAAUACAGUACAGUGCAGCUGGUCCAGUAUAAUCUUAUGUAUCAUAAUGUAAAUAAACCUGACCUCCAAUGGGUAAUUUAUUAAAUGUUGCUACAUGAAUUCACAUCGGUCCCUUCUGUUCAAAUAAUGAUAGAAUAUGUCCCAAUGAUCUUUUUGUAUUAAUUGCUACUGCCACCUGUAAGAUGCUAAAGGGGUGCAGCCUCCCCGAACUUGAUGUGGCGGGGUGCUGCGUACUGUUCAGCCAUCUUGCUGGAUUGGGCAGCUGGGUAGCACUCCUGGAGGGUAGGGCUCUGCAGGAUUCUCUAAUCCUUGGGAGGGAGUCCCUUUAGUCUAUUUAAGGCUGGGGCUACAUACCAGACUUCGAUGUAAUCUUAUAGAUGCAGCGGUCGUGCUACAAUUUGUGCGAUAGUCUCAUCAUGUAAUAUAAAGAAGUCACCCAUGUAGAUCGUGAGUAAGUGGCAUGACUUAGACUGCCUGUGGUGUAGCCCCAACCUUCAGAAGCAAGAGAUGAUCUUUUAAAUCUUUGUCAGGCUUGCGUUGUAGAGGAUUCAUGUCCUUUUGCAGGAAAAAAUUAAUUUAAUUUUUUUUUUUUUUAAAGGGGUUGUCCUUGUAAUAAUCGAAGAUGAGCAUGAUUGCUGACCAGUAGAAUACGCUAACUACUUUUACAAUGUACUGCAAGUGUUGCACAACUAAAGCAUUUGUAGAAAUACAUUUGUUAGGCUAUGUUCACACAGUCUUCUUUUUAUUUGCAAAAAUAAAAAGGCCAUCUUUUAUUGAAAUGACAGCCUGAAGACAAUUUUUUUGUUUGUAAUUAGUAUGGACAAAAAAAUUGGCCAAAUAAAGGCUUUUUUUCCUCUUUUGACAAGGCAUGUAGUCUUUCUGAACAUGGCCUAAGGGUGGUUUCAUGUGUACUGUCAUGAUGCGGUUUUUAAAACAAAACUACGAAUGAACUGAAAAAAAAAUUUUGAAUCCUUUUUAUAUACUUUCCGUCUUUGUGAUCCACUCACCCGUACAUAUAGCACAUCCUGUAUGUUCUGCACCUGAUGGAUCAUGGUAGGAUAGCACGUGGAGACCAUAUGACUCUUCGUGAGCUCUAGGGCCUGUGUGUGCUCUUUCCCCAUAGGGCGCUUUUUCCCUAUGUACGAUGAAUCGUUAUUCUCAAGGCCCAUGAAGAAUAUAAAGACCUUUUUAUGUUAGAUCGGUCAGACCCACAUUUUCCUACUCCACUUCUAAAUUAGUGUUUCCCAACCAUAGUGCUGGGAGUUGUAGUUUUACAAUGGCUGGAGGCACCUUGGUUGGGAAACGGUUAUAAAAAUAAGAGUUGUGUCUAGUGUUAACUUUAAUUUUAAAGUUUAAAUUUUUUAACAAAAGGAAAAAAAAAGGCCUGGUCUGCACAUUCAGUAUUUUAGUGAUCUAUUGCUGCUUGGCACCAUUUUCCAUAAACCAAUGCAUGUUGAUAAAACUGAAUAAGGCUGUUAAAUAGACUUAUUCAGUUUUUUAUCAAAAAUGUGUUCUAAGAAACAUGUAUUGGUUUAUGGAAGAUAAACACUUCAACAGAUCUUUAUUUUCCCCUCUUUCACAUAGGUUAAAUUUUAAUUUCAAGAUCUGAACCACAUGGCUCCAUGGCAGAAAUCCAAGGGUUUUCCCUGGAGAAAAAAAUCAGUCCUGGAUCUGUGGCAUUAUAAAGCAACUAUGAUUUAGACACUGUGCACUGCUCCUAGCACCCUAUCCUUUUUACGUCCGCUUGGCUAAAGCGAGAAUUAUACAGAACUUGCAAGUCUAAGGGGCUCUUACUUCCGCCCUGCUUAAAUGAGCAGGAUACUGCUUGGAGCAGUGCGCCAUGUUCAAACGAUGGUUACCCUUUUAAGUGAAAUGCAUAAUCGGUCUAGUGCACAUCUGUACAUUCAGGUUGUUUUUUGGGGUAGGUAGAAAUCUGAAGGGAAAAAAAAAAAUCACAGCCCCAUGUAAAUACACUAACCUUAUGCUGUCUCCUGCAAAAUUAUAUAGAUUUGAUAGAUAUCUGACCCAAAUGGGUGAAGUGCUGGUACCAAGGCAAAGAAAUAAAUUGGCACAAUAUAAUAGUAUCCUGUCAUUAUUUUAUUGCUGUGUACCAUAUUACCUUAUCUUUCCACAUAUGAUACUCUUGGACAACCCCUUUAACCUACAGAAUUGGACUAUAAGCUGAUUUUGAUGUGGAUUUUUUUUUUAUACAUAUAACGUGGAAUUCUCUUUUAAAUAGCAGAGGUCAAACUGCCAUUUGCUUUUUAUUGUCUUAUUUUACUGUCUACACCUGAAAGAUAAGUUCACAAUGUUUUAAGGGAAACUGUAAUUAUAAUGUUUGCCAUAAUCUUUUAACUGUAUAUUUGUUUCAUGUAGUACAAUAUUGCAUUAAACAGAUUUAUUUAUCCAUUUUUAAACUUUACUGAUCCUUCCUUUUUUUUUUGUUUUUGUAUUUUUUUUCCUCCGGGGGGGCUAGCAUUUUCAGAUUGUUGUGGUCUUGUAAUUCCUGUAGAUAUUAGAUCAUUGAAUGCAUGUCCCAGGUGAUCUUAACAGGGACACCCUAAGAGCUUGGAUGCAGUAGAUGAGGCUGACUGAUAUUGGAGCAAAUAUUUUAGUGGCAACCAAUGAUUUGAGGAAAGUUAAAAAAAGAUUUAAAAAAAACACAAAAUUAAAACGCUGCUCUCACCCCCCUAAAAAUGACCCUGCACCAGAACUGUCCAAACUGAAUAGAUAUGAACUUGCGUAGAACGGUGAUUAUUUUCAGGGUACAAAUUUACACAAAUGUCUUCAAAUGACUGGUGGAAACAGAUUGUCCCAUAAUUCUAGCCGUUCACACUGAUACAGGAUGUGUUUGUAGCAUAUACUAGACAGUAUUAGAUUAAGUGUAUGAAACAUUUCCUAAGGCCUUUAUGAUGAUCUCAUGUAAGACAGAAGAAAAUGUUCGGUGAAAUUCAAUAAUGUGAUCACAAGAGGACCAUGGUUGAGCCAUACAGACAUAUGGGUAGUGGAAGAAUCGGUUAAUCUGAAUUUCUAGAUGUUGUCUGCAUGUUACCAAAUUGGUCAUCCACUCCAUUGCUCACAGCUUGUCAGGACCAGACGCAUGAUUAUACUUUGUGCGUUGGACUUUUUUUCGUGUUAAAGAAACACACUAAAUGGCAGCUGUUGAUAUCGCACAAGCAGAAUGACCUUUUAUCUGCAUUUUGAAAGCUGCAGACCUUUCUGACCUGCCUCUGCAUGAUGCCUCGUGUGCACCUUCUUGGAUUUAUGACAUCAUCUGCAUUUUGAUAAUCAACUUUAAGUUACAUGAAGGUUUUUUUUUUGUUUAAUUAUUUGAGCUCAUAUUAAUCUCAAAGGGCUGGAAAGUGUAAGUUUUAAAACUAUACAAUGUACACAAGUGCAAUUUUUGUUAUACACAAAACUGAAAAUUGAUUAUACAAAAUGUUUUUUGUUUAAAGGGACACUAUCAUAAAGAAAACGUGUUUUUGUUUUUUCUGUAAGUUAUGAUGUUUUGUAAGAACUGUUAUAAAAUAAAUGUAAAGUUAACAAUU